AUGGCGGACGAGUUCCCGCGUACAGCUGCCUAUAAAAAAUUGGUAGAUAAGGGCUUAAUCAAAGUUGAUAAGGACCUUCCUCAAUAUGUACAAGAUGUCAGCAAGGAUCUCCAAGGAAAUGCAAGAACUGGGGAGCUUGAAGAUGCAAUCGCCAAAGUAUGCAAAAGGAUUCGUGAAAUCGACUCUUCGGAAGUGUUCGAUGUGGAGGGUUUCGAGGGAAAUAGACAGGAGGCAAAAGAUUUCCUACUGGAUGUCUUAGCAUUGGCAGAAAAGGGGGGAAUUGAAGGCGCUGGUGACGCAGUUAAAAAGGUGAGCUCCACCAACAUAACCGACGGGAGCGACAACGACAGCGAAAAAGAGAGCGAUGGCAAGGAAAACGAGGAAAAGAAAGAAAAGGAAAAGCAAGAAAAGGAAAAGCAAGAAAAGGAAAAGCAAGAAAAGGAAAAGCAAGAAAAGGAAAAGCAAGAAAAGGAAAAGAAAGAAAAGAAGGAAAAGGAAAAGAAGAAAAAGGUCUCUGACGACGACUCUGACAGUGAGUACGGGUCUGAGUAUACUCCUGGCUCAAGGGGUAGAGGAAGAUCCGCAACGCCCAUGAAUGAUGAGGUCCGAGAACAGUUAGAGUCCCGAUUGAAAGAGUACUACGACAAAGCUAUUGAGGCUUUGAGGAAAUACAUUUGUGGUGACAAGGCAUCCAAAGAAGACCUUCGAGCGUUGAAUAACAAUAUCCGCUCUGAUGCAGCGCAACUGCUAAAGUGCAAACCAGAAGACACCACCAACUUCACUAUUCCGUUCGACGAGUUGAAGAAAAUGAUCAGCAAAGAGGUGGUCACGGCCCCAGAAGAUGCUCAAUCCGACGAAUACGCCGAAAAGCUGGGGGAAGCUAAGAUCAAGCUCUACUAUCUUUGUCGUAACCACAAUAUCCCGCAGAAAUGGUUGAGCGGACUUUUGGUUGAUUCGGCGAACGACGGUGCUACUUAUGAGUAUCGGAGUAUCUACAAUAAAGAAAAUCGGAGUGCAACGGAAUACUGGCCGUACAGAACACUGCAAGGCAAUGGCUUCCUGGUACUUUUUGAAAAGAAAAAAAGAAGUCAGAAAGGGGAACAAAGCUCUUUUGGAGUACAAGUCUUCGACGUCCAAUCGAAAAAGUUCAGGGUCGAAAUGAGGAAGUCGAUUGGAAGCGAAGUCUUGAACGAAUGGCGCGGGCUUAAUGGUACUUACAAAUUCUCGGCGGCAGAUCGCAAACAUAGCAAGGACAAAGACGGAGAGAUAGAAGAGGUCUUCUUCUAUACGAUGACGCAGAAGCAGACUAGUGUUGCACAUUCAAGCCAGCCUGCUCACGCUGAGGUCUGCGUUAAAUUCGCUAAAUCUAUCUGGCCCCGGAUAAUUCCAAAAUGCGACGUCCAGAAACUUCUUCCCGCCGACGAGGAGGUUGAUAACAUCUUGGAGGGGCUAGCCAAGAGAGACCACAUGCUACUCCCGCGUGAAUUUGCUCCUAACAGUGUCAAGAUACCCAUGAGGCCAAAGAGGGAUGGCAUGCCAGAAGUUCGUCUGGAUCAGGCCCUCAAGUGGCGCAACAUAACGCCAAUUGAUCCCUCUGUGUCAAACUACUCGAGAGAUUCGGUUCCCCCUGACUUUGACAUACCCAGACAGACGCGGGAAUCCACCUUUUCUCCAAAUUACGACAAUGGAUUGGGUCGGUUGCGGAAUGAAUUCGACGAGAAAUUCUCAAAACUCAACUCUCGCAUGGAUCAUCUAGAAGAAAGUGUGGUGACCGCGGAGUACCUUGAUAACAGAUUCAAUCAGUUUUUCCGACAAAUUAGUGAAAAGCUAGAGUCGCGGUUUUGA